AUGAAAGAAAGGAAAGAAUAUAAUAAAAGAAGAGAAGAAGAGAUAUUAACGAGAUAUAUGAGUAAAUAUGAAACGCCAUUUUUCAAGAAGCCACAAACAAUAAUGACGAAAAGUGAAAGAAGAAAGGAAAAGAAAGAAGAAGAAGAGGGAGAAAGACUUCUUCGUCCAAGAGGAAGAGAUGGAAAGAAAGAGAAGAUAGAGGAGAUAAGAAGACGAGGGAUUGAGAGAUAUAUUAAGAUAGAGAGUGUGAGAAAAGAGUAUGAGAAGAAAGGGAUACAAGAGUUAUUUGAGUGGCAAGUUGAGUGUCUAAAAGAAAAAGGAGUUAGAGAAGGCACGGAGAAUUUAGUGUAUAGUGCACCGACAAGUUCAGGGAAAACGUUGGUAAGUGAAAUUCUGAUGAUAGAGAGAUACUGUCAAACGCAAAAGAAAAUGAUAUAUAUAGUACCAUAUGUGUCAAUGGCACAAGAAAAAGAAGAGUAUUUUCAAGAGAUAUUCAAAAGUAUAAAAAUCAAUAUAAAAGGAUAUUUUCAAAAUCGAGUAAUAGACAAAGAAUUUGAUAUUGGGAUAUGUACUAUUGAGAAGGGGAAUGGAAUAAUUAAUAAACUAAUUGAAGAGAAAAGUAUUGAAGAAGUAAGUCUUAUUAUAAUUGAUGAAAUUCAUAUGAUAUUUGAUAAAAGAAGAGGACAAAUAAUAGAAAAGAUAAUUAAUAAAAUCACAAGUAUUGAAAGAAAGAUACAAAUAAUUGGGAUGAGUGCAACAAUAGGAAAUAUUUCAAUAUUUGAGAAAUGGAUCAAAGCAAAAACAUAUCAAAGUACAUAUCGACCAAUUAAAAUUGAAGAAUAUAUUGUUUGUAAAGGAAAAGUAAUAAAUAAAGAAGGAGAAAUUAAAAGAGUAAUAAAAGGAGAAGGGGAUAUAGAAAAUAUUAUUUCAAUAAUGGAAGAAGCAAAAAAAGAAAGAAAAGGAGUAAUAUGUUUUUGUUCAACGAAAAAAGGAUGUGAAAGAAUGGGAAAAGAAAUUGUUAAAAUACUAAAGAAAAGGAGAAAAGAAGAAAUGAAUAAAGAAAUAGAAGAACAAAGAAUAGAAAUGAUUAAAGAAAUGGAAAGAAGUAAAUUUGGAAUAGAAGAAGAAUUUCAAGACAUGAUUAGAUAUGGUAUUGUUUAUCAUCAUUCAGGAAUAACUAAUGAAGAAAGACAAAUAAUAGAAAAGUCAUUUAAGAAAGGAAUUAUUACAUUAAUUAUUGCUACUAGUACAUUAGCACUUGGAGUAAAUCUUCCAGCUAGUCGUGUAAUUUUUGAUAAACCAAAAAUUGGAAAAGAAUAUUUGACAAAUGUUCAAUAUCAACAAAUGAGUGGUAGAGCAGGAAGAUUUGGAAUUGAUGAAAAAGGAGAAAGUUAUAUUUUUUGUAAAGAAGGAGAAAUAUCUAUUGUAAAAAAUCUUAUGAAAGUAACAAAUGAGAAUAAAGAAAUAGAAAUAGAAGAAAAAGAAGAGAUACAAGAAAAAGAAGAUAUUUUAGAAGGGAUUUAUAAUGGAAUUAUUGAAAAUAAAAAAGAUAUUGAAAAAUGGAUUGAAAAAACACUUUAUUGGUAUACAAUUAAAGAAAAAGAAGGAGCAGAAGAAUGGAAAAAAAAGUAUAGUGAAAAAAUGAUUGAGAUAUUAAAACAUGAUGGUAUGAUUGAAGAAAUAGAAGAAGAAGGAGGAGAAAAAAAAAUUAAAUGUAAUCAAAUAGGAAGAGCUACAGUAAAAGGAGGAAUGGGAAUUAAAUUUAGUAAAGAAAUAUAUUUUAAUAUUAAUGAAGGGUAUUUAAAAAACAAUAUAAUAAAUAAAGAUGUAUAUUAUUUGUAUUUAGGAAUUAAUAAUGAAUAUGAAAUAAAUUGGAAUUGUUUUGAAAAAAAAGUAGAAGAUAUAGAAGAUAUAAAAAAUAAAAAUAAUAAAGAAUAUCAAGACUGUCAAGAAUUAAUGAAAAGUAUUGGGAUUAAUCCAGUAUUUAUUUGUUAUAUGGAAAGUAUGAAAAAAGUGAAAUUAACUAAUGAUAUUAUUAAGAAAAUUGAAAUUCAUAAAAAAUAUUAUUAUUUUAUCAUUUUAUAUGAAAUUAUUCAUGAAAAAAAUAUUAUUCAAAUCAUUAAUGAAAUGGGAAUUAGUAGAGGAGUUUUACAACAACUACAAAAUAAUACUAUUACUACUUUAAAUAUGAUCAUUCAAUUCUCUAAUGAAUUACAUAAUUUUGAUCUUUCUUUCCAUUUGAAAGUUUUAAUUGAUCGUAUCAAAUUUGGAGUUUGUAGUGAUAUUGUACAUAUUAUCCAAAUAGAUGGUAUCACUAAAGAAAUUGCUCGUAAACUCAUUGUCUUCGGUUUUAAUGAUAUCUCUAAAAUUGCUCAUGCUUCUUUUCUUGACAUUUUUUCCCUCAUUCAUCACUUAUCAACAUCUCAUUCACUAUCUCAAUUACAAAUUGAUUUAGAACUAACUCAAAGAAUAAUACAAAGUGCACAAGAAAUUAAUACUUUCAAUUUAAAUCAUGUCCAACUUAAUAAUUUACUUCAAUCCAAUUAA